CAGGAGGACUCCUGGAGCGAGAGUGACACGUCGGAGGUGGAGGAGGAGAUAGAGGCAUGAGGCAGGGGAGGAUGACACGCCCCUGGCCUCCACUGUAAGGCUCCUCACCAUCAGGAAGAAGGCGCUGGAGAAGAAACAGAGACAACAGCGCAAACUACAGACUCUCCUGGAGGGGUCGGUGACGCUGGAGAUGGAGGUCCGUCCUCGCUACCUCGUGCCGGACACCAACUGCUUCAUCGAGCACCUGGACGUGGUGCAGUCCCUGGCCACCAGCGCCCCCUACACCGUCAUGGUCCCUCUUGUGGUACUGACAGAACUGGACGGCCUCUCUCGCGACGCUGCAGUGGCCAAGUACGGCUCGGUAGGUCAUGCAGUGAGGGUGCGGGAGGGCGCUGCGGCUGCACUCCACUACCUGCGGGAGACCAAGCCGCAGUCCCUCAAGUGUGUCACCUCCCAGGGUUCCGUGCUCUCCUCCACCACCUUCACUGCUGAAAUGGACAUGCCUGAUGCAACCAAUGAUGACAAGAUCCUGUCAUGCUGUGUCCACUUCUGCAGCGACACUACCCAGCGUCGACCCAUCAAAGCUGGUGUCCGGCGGCUAUACCGGGAGGUGGUCCUCUUGACGGAAGACCGCAAUUUGAGGGUGAAGGCUCAUGCUCGUGAUGUACCGGUGCGAGAUCUUCUGGACUUCGCGCACUGGGCGGGAGUGAGGUGAGGUGUGGGUGGUGUAGCCAGGUGCCACCCAGUCACCACGGUCUCUGCCAAACAGUACUGCUCUGCUGCACACCUUGGUGUGGGCAGAGUGAGUUGCAUAGUUGUCGGGUGAUGUCGUGAAGGAGCAACGCGGCAUCAACCAAUCAGCAGUCAGUCCCGGACAUUUACGUCCCUGUAACUGCCUCUCACUUUAACCUAUUUAACAAAACCAAAGUGGUUAUCAUUUCAUUCACAUAUUACAGGUAUGGUGAUUAGAGGGUUUUUUUAGUACAUCUGAAAAAUGUUUUAUUUGGGUUGAUAUUUUCUCAAAGCUUAAUUAAUUUUUUUUUUUUAUUGUGAACUUAUGUUGAUGUAGAUUAAGAUGAGGAAGUUCAGCAAUUCAUCUGUAGCUGCACAUGCUACAUGGCUUCAUUUUUAAGUUUUGGUUUUGGUUUUAAUGUGAGAGUAAGUCACAUAAGAAUGUUGUUACUGAUCUUUAUGUGAGUUUCUGUGGCUACUGUUGACCUGCUUUACCAGUGGGGUGAUGCACACAGACACACACUAACAGCAGGUGUGUGAUAGUUGGUCCUCAGUCAGCCUCUGUCUUCUCAAACUAGAUGCAGAAGUACAACUAAUGAUUCCAGAAAACUUCUUUAUUGAGGAUGAGUGGGUUAUUUUAUUACAUCACAUCCAAUGUUUGGUGGGAUAAUUUAGUGUGUAUGUGUGUAUAUUCAUUCCAAAAUUGUAUAAGUGUCUGCAUGUAUAUACAGUAAGUUGCUUUUCACCAUUUUAAGAUUGAUUUCUUUGAAAAUUUACAUCAAGCAGCAUGAUUUUACAACCCUUUUCUAUUACUACAGUUCAGUACAACACCUGUGAGCCUCUGAGUAGAAAGUUAAGUGGCUUAUGUUUAUGAUUUUAUUCUGUAAUAUGUUUCUGUGGACAUUUUUUAGUUACAAUAAUGUUGUUUGAAAAUUGGUUAUAAAGUCAAUCCUGUUAACCCUAAGAGAAGUGAUUGAGUUAAUUACAAUAAGGAAGUACUGUACAUAGUAGUAAUUUACUUUUUCUAAUUUUUUUAUAUAAAAAUUCCAAUAAUUAUCCCUUAAUAAUAAAAUAAUGAUAUUGAUUUGAGUAACUUGUAACCUAUUUUCUCCCAAGACUUGAGUAGAUAAUAAAAGAUUUAUUUUAUCAUUGUUAUCAUCAGUAGAUUAAAAAAUUUGUUUUUGCUUAUAUCACGGCUUAAUGCAUUUCUCAGACAGAUAUUAUUCCUUGGUUCAGUAAUUAGCAAGGAGCUGUUUUCAAUUCUUAGUAGUUUAUUGUGCAUUCCCAGACACAUGUUUCACUUUUGUGGGUGUUGGCCCAACACUACGGUAUUUUACCCUGGAUAAGUUAUGUUUGGUCACGUAACCUCCUGUCCUGGCCGAGUCAUAUACGGUCUUGGAAAAAAGUCCCAUCUCCAUCUCAUCCAUAAACCCUGAUACUUCUGAACCUGUCUCCGAGACGUCACCCAUCGUUAGGCCUAUAGGUGGUGCACUGUGUGAUGUAUUGGAUUCACGAGUCUCUGGGUUCAUGGAUGAGACGGAGGACUGACAGGACUAUUUUCCUGCGUGUAUGAGCUUGUAAUUUAUAUUUCUCUUGCUUUAGCUGUACAGUGUCUUGAGUUGCUGGAAGAGAAGCCUUGAUGAAAUGAUCAAGAAAUUCUGUGUUUUGUGUUUAUGUUUUUGUAAUGUAUUAUACUUGAUAUUCUUAAUGUACAGGAUGUCUGAAAAGUUCCUGCCUGAAGGGAGUACAAUACAGUACUCGGUAUAUUUUUAGAUGUACAGCACUGUUAGAAAAAUUUAUUGUUUCUAUCUGUAUGUGUAAUAUUCUGUAUAUAGUAAUGACUUACAUACACAAACAUAUAAUUAAUUUUUCUAACAAAGUUCUGCCAAAGAUAGACUGAAAAAUGUAAUUGCUUGAGGAAGAUAUUUUUCAAACAUUCUGGACAUAAUGAUAUCAGGAGUACAAAAUUCCGCGGUGUACACAAAAACUUUUAGGACCUGAUUAAGAGUAGGAUUGGAAGGUUUGGUUCAUUAUCCCACACUGGGUAUAUUUUCCUUAAAGAUGAAGUAUUUUCUCAAUAAAUGUGACUAUGGCAAUUUGUACUUGAUAUUUAUUUAUCCGAGGAUGUGUUGGAAAAAAAUAUUAGCCCGUAAUGAAUAGUAAUUAGUGUGGUCGUUGUGGUACAGUGAUACGAGCCUUCUGAUGCGUCCACAAUUAAAAGAAAGUUUUAUUUCCCAACAUAUCCAGUAAUUAUAUAUUGAUAGGCAUAACUGUGUAAAUACUGUAUUUCUUAUAAUAAAAAUUAUCAAAAGUG